AUGGCAACGGCUUGGUGGGCCAGCUUCGCAAUGCAACGUUUGAUUUCAGAUGUUCUUGCUACAGCCAAUCAUACAAGACUUUUCCAUCGUACAGCCACAGUGAUAUUCAAAGAUCGACUUGUAAUGCUUGAGGAUCUCGGGUCCACUCCAGCACAACGGCCCAUCUCAACAAGUUUCUUUCUUGAGAACGCGUCAAGCCAUCUGCAAAAGACGACAGAAACUUGCGACAGUGAUAUUAUCAUGCUGCAACGUUCUUGCACCUCGUGGGUGACGGUGAGGAAAAUGAUUGAUGCCUCAGUACAGUUCGAUUUUGCCGAAAAGCGCACACAAGGAUCCGUGUAUGGGGUACGUCGUCACCUCUUGUGUAAGGCGGGUAUUCUUGGAAUCCUCCCAUAUCCACCAGUUUGGUGCAGUAAUGACCUUGACGUUCCACUUCCACGCAGCAAAACGUCUGUAAAGCGGGUUCCAGGCGAACGAACGAACGUUUGGUCUACUACACCUGAGGAAUGGGAAGAUGCGUGCCUGUCUCAAGUGCCGUUGACAAGGAAGAAGAGCGGAACGUUGGAGGCGAGCCUACCUGCGGUUGCGCCACAAACAUCUCCCCACUCGGGCGCCUCUUCCCCCAUUCAGGCACGACAGCCGGCUCCAAGACGGCCGCUUCUGACGUCACCUUAUCCCCUGAGCUUGACACCGCAGCAAGUUCUCUCGAAAACGCGACAUCAUUCAGUUCCAAGCAAGUCCAAUGAUUUGUUGAGAUCAUGUUUACCAUGGGCGAAUACUUGCCUCUGUAGUACGGAAAUCCCGCAUAAGCGAACACUGUUUUACCACGUAGAGUGGUCCACGCGAAACGGCUAUCCCAGUUGUGUUGAACAAGGCCCAGGAGCCUAG